AGCUGGUGAUAACCUUCUCAAAAUCUCUCACAUCAAAACAAAAUUUUCAUUUGAAACAUCAUCGAGCCACACUACACUACAACUUCACAUCAACAUUCAAAAAUUCUCAGUUAAAUUUUAUUCUAAACUUCAGUGAAAUCUACGUAAAUUAUCAUGCUCAACAAAAUUCAGUAUCUCUUAAGAAGCGCAAGGAGCUAUCAAACAGUAGGUCAGCGGUUUUCAUCUGGUUUAUCCACGAAAGAUGUAUAUGAGGAGUAUCGUCCAUCAGAAGACGUAAUCGUGAUGCAAGCCAGAGAAGGUAACAAAUCAAUCAUGCGGCAGUUUCUGAAGCACACCUAUCUAAAGAACGAUCCACUGCUAUUGGCCAAUGGCCUGAACAAUGACAUGGAUCUGCUCGACUAUUGGCUGGAUGAGAUUCAGGAGCAUCUGUCAGUGUUGGCCGUGGAUAAGAAAAGCGGAAAAGUGAUAGGAGUUGCUGCAGGCUCUGAAUGUACCCCGGAGAGUGCUGAAAAAUCUAAAGAACUGGCAGCAAGAACAAUCAAGAACACAAACGCAUUCAGAGUGGCUUGCCUGUUUGCCGAUUUGCCAGAGAAGACUCAGCUGUUCGAGAGAUUUCGAAUACAGAACAUGUUCGAGGUGAAUAUGAUUGGAACCCACCCUGAUUACAGACAACAGGGCCUUGCCAAAUACAUGCUGCUACAUCUCAGAGCUCUGGCGAGGAGAACGGGAUAUCCGCUACUCAGGAUCGACUGUACCAGUCAUUUCUCUGCUAGGAUAGCAUUGAAACAAGGCAUGGAGAAGUUUUCAGAACGCAAAGUGAACGAAUACAAAGACCAAGAUAAGAAGCCUUGGGUGGCAAUCAUUCCCCCACCACCACAUUCUAACUUCGUAGUUUGCUUCGAGAGACUUGAUCCAACACUGGCCACUUUCUUCAAGAAACCUCCACUCAACUCCAAGUAAAGAAUCAAAAUAAUAUUGGAACUACAAAAAACAUUAAACUGCUGAAAUGAAAUCUACAAAAUUAUGUAUUCCUUUGAAAAAUGUGAUGGUAUAACAUUAAGGUGCGUACAGAUAUACGGGCCGCGAACAUGAGCAAUUCACUUUUAAUCAGCUGAUUAUAUCUGUAUGUUUACAGAAACGGUGAGAUACAGAUAUAAAAAGCUUGGCAUCAGCUGAUUAGAAGUGAAUUGCUCAUGUUCGCGGCGCGUAAAUCUGUACGCACCUUAAGAAUCACAAAAAAAACAUGGAACUACGAAAAUGGGAACUUCAAAACUAUGUGUUCCGUUGAAAAAUGUCAUGAAAUAAUAUAAACACCAUGUGCUGCGUUUGAAAAAUGUAAUGGAUUAGUUGAGGAAAAUGGAGACAGAGUUGGGACUGGUUAAACACCUCCACAAAUGUCAAAUAUCUUGGAUUUCAUGUUGUUGUUUCAAUACUUCUUGAAGGUUAGAUCUCAAUAGUAGAGCUUCUAAUGAUAGGAAUUUAAAACAUGAACUUCUAAGAUGAUUUGGAUUUGAGUGAUGUUUUGAACAUCCUUGUCAUGAUGAAGUAUGAUGUAAAAAACUAAUGUAGGCUGAAAGAUAUCGAUGGUUUUCAAAAACUGGUAAUAUUUUAUGAAAUUGAAGGAAAAAUCUGACUUGGUUGUAGGCCUAAUCUCAGUUGAGAGCUCUGAAUUAUUGUUUGUCAUCUUGUGAUCUUUGACUAUAAGUGGAGUUUUGAAUAUUAAAACAUACCAAUAUCAAACAUAA